AUGGCAGCACCAUUUUUCCACAAUAGCACUCCAAAAUUAUCAGGGCAAUGUUCAUUGAACUUUUCUGCAGUUGACAAUUUGUUAAGAACAACUGUUGUUGAUUGUUGGGCCUCCUUCACUCCUUUUUUAGCCAAUGUUAUUUGUUGUCCGCAGUUCGAGGCUACCCUUAUUAUUCUAAUUGGACAAGCAAGUAAAGAUUCAGGUUUACUUGCGUUGGACUCUGUUCAUGCAAAUUAUUGCCUAUCAGAUAUUCAACAGAUUCUUGGAAGUCAGGGUGUCCCUAGUGACCUUCAUGAUAUUUGUUCCAUCCGCUCUUCUAACCUCUCUGAAGGAUCCUGCACAAUUAAUGAUACCAUUGGGUUUGAGAGUGUUGUUGACUCUUCUAAACUCCUUGCUGCAUGUUCAAAGGUUGAUGCUGUGAAUGAAUGCUGCAGACAAAUCUGUCAAAGUGCCAUCAAUGAAGCUGCAAAAAACCUUGUCUUGAAGGAUGGCGGAUUGAUGACGAAUAUGGAAAUUAAUGAUACAACAGUGGAGUAUUCAUCUACUGUGAACAGCUGUAAAAACAUUGUCCUUAGGUGGCUAUCUAGUAGACUUGAUUCUUCAUCUGCAAAGCAAGUGUUGAGAGGACUAUCAAACUGUAAUGUUAACGGAGGAGGAAGCAGAGCUUCCAAUUCCACUUAAGUCGGGACCAACAGUAAUGGUAGAUGCUGUUGGAACUGUGGUUGGCUGGCCAAAAGAAUUGGUGAUAUUUCCGACGACAAAGGUAUUUUCAGUUCACUUUUCUGUUGCUAUAGUUAUAUAUUUUGCUACAAUUAUUUAAAAUUACAGAAAAAGGAGAAACCUGCACCACCAUUUGCUAUUUUGGAGGUUCCUGAUGAGAAAAAUAAAUUCAAGGAAGUUGAAAGUGCUCUACCAAUGCCAUGCAAGUUUUUGUAUUCUUUUGUUAUUAGACUGAUGACUGAGGAGGAGACCAUUCCUAUCGAAUUUGAUGAAGCCAUGUUUGGACGUAAUGUGAGUACAUCGUUGUUGAGAGAGGAUGUAUGGAAAUGAGAGAGAUAGGGUCCAGGCAAAUUUUGGUUUACAUGGGGUAAGUUAUGUCUUAUAUACAAUUCUUCUCUUUGCAUGAGUUCAUGUCUUAAGUAACCAUGUUUUUUAUUACUUGAAUGCAGUUACUUGUACAAGUACUUGAAGGAAACAAACAGGGCUGAGUAUGUGUCGUUUAUGGAUCCCAACAAAAUACCAGCCGCUCAAGAUGGCAGUACCUCUUUACAACACAUUGCAAAUCAGUUGAAAGCAUCAAACGGAGACAGCAUAUGCCUUAUCCCAUACAA